AUGAAUUUUGACGAAAUCGAAGAUCAGGACGGAAUCCGCUUCUCAUGGAAUGCCUGGCCUAGCUCCAGAAUUGAAGCUACAAAGACUGUUGUUCCUAUUGCAUGUCUGUACACUGCUCUGAAAGAACGUGAGGACUUUGCAGAGAACCCCAUCUGGUAUGAGCCUGUCACCUGUAAGGCUCCAUGCAGAGCCAUCCUCAACCCUUACUGUCAAAUCGAUGUACGCUCAAAGAUGUGGAUCUGCCCUUUUUGCUUGCAGCGAAAUGCUUUCCCUCCUCACUACAAAGACAUCUCCAAUACCAACUUGCCUGCUGAAUUGCUACCAAAGUACACCACUAUUGAAUACAACUUGAACAGAACUGCUCAAAUCCCACCCAUCUUCCUUUACGUCGUCGAUACUUGCCUUGAUGAGGAAGAUUUGAAGGCUCUCAAAGAUUCAUUGAUCGUCAGUCUUAGCUUGCUCCCUCAAUAUGCUUGGGUUGGUCUUAUCACUUAUGGUACCAUGACCCAGGUUCAUGAACUCGGCUUUGGAGAUUGUCCCAAAUCCUAUGUUUUUAGAGGAACCAAGGAGUACAAUGCCAAACAGAUCCAAGACAUGCUUGGUAUUUCUGCCACAACCGUUCGUCCCGGUCAACCCCAGCCCACCGGAUUGAGCGCCAACAGAUUUCUUUUGCCAGUUAAGGAUUGCGAGUUUGUCCUUACAUCUAUUAUUGAGAAUUUGCAACGCGAUCCAUGGCCAGUUGCCAAUGAUAAGCGCCCACAGCGAUGCACUGGCGUUGCUAUGGAUGUGGCUGUCGGUCUUAUGGAGUCUACUUUCCCCAACUCUGGAGCUAGAAUCAUGCUUUUCGCUGGUGGCCCCGCUACGGAAGGCCCUGGCAUGGUCGUUAGCACUGAAUUGAAGGAACCUAUUCGUUCUCACCAUGACAUUGAGCGAGAAAGUGCCAAAUAUUACAAGAAGGCCAUCAAGUUCUACGAAGGACUUGCCAAGCGUGCCUCCACCAAUGGUCACGCUAUCGAUAUCUUUGCUGGAUGUUUGGAUCAAGUCGGAUUACUCGAAAUGAAGUGUUUGGUCAACCAAACUGGUGGUUUCAUGAUUCUUUCUGAUUCUUUCAAUACCACUAUCUUCAAACAGAGUUUCCAACGAGUUUUCCAAAAGGAUGCUCAAGGGCACCUCCAAAUGGGCUUCAAUGCUACUUUGGAUGUUCAGACUACUCGUGAAUUGAAGGUGUGCGGUUUGAUCGGUCAGGCCGUUUCAUCCAACAAAAAAUCGACAUGUGUCGGUGAGACGGAGAUCGGUAUUGGCAACACAUCGGCAUGGAAGAUGUGCUCUAUCACUCCCAAGACGACUGUGGGCAUUUACUUUGAAGUUGUGAACCAACCCACUGCACCCUUGGCUCCUGGAAGCCGAGGACUGGUUCAAUUCGUGACCCACUAUCAGCAUUCCAGCGGUCAAUACAGACUACGUGUCACUACCGUAGCUCGCAACUUUACCGAUGGACAAAGCCCUGAGGUCGCCACGUCCUUUGAUCAAGAAACCGCAGCUGUCCUUAUGUCCCGUAUUGCUGUGUUCAAGGCCGAUAUUGAUGAUGGUCCGGAUGUUUUGAGAUGGUUGGAUAGAAUGCUCAUCCGACUUUGCCAACGAUUUGCCGAUUAUCGAAAAGACGACCCACAAAGCUUUAGACUUUCCGAGAACUUUUCCAUUUACCCUCAAUUCAUGUUCCAUUUGAGACGAAGUCAGUUCUUGCAGGUCUUCAACAACUCACCUGAUGAGACCGCAUUCUACCGACAUGUCUUGAACCGCGAAAAUGUCGAUAGCUCACUCAUUAUGAUUCAACCCACGUUGACAUCGUAUGCCUUUGAUGACACUCCACAACCAGUUCUGUUGGAUUCCGUUUCCAUCAAACCUGAUGUCAUUUUACUCCUUGAUACCUUCUUCCAUAUCCUCAUCUUCCAUGGAGAAACUAUUGCUCAAUGGCGUAAGGCAGGAUAUCAAGAACAGGAAGGCUAUGAGAACUUCAAGGCUCUCUUGGAAGCACCUACUGUUGACGCACAGGAUUUGCUUAUUGAUCGAUUCCCCAUUCCAAGAUAUAUCGAAUGUGAUCAAGGUGGCUCACAAGCACGUUUCUUGCUCUCUAAACUUAACCCAUCUACCACACAUGCCUCUAACAGCCCAUAUGGAGCUCCACAAGGAACUGCCAUUUUCACCGAUGAUGUCAGUCUCCUAGUAUUUAUGGAGCAUCUCAGAAAGUAA